AUGGCGUUGAUUCAAGGAAUUAAAAUUAAUAAUUUUAUUCUACGUACUGGGACAGGUAGCAAUUUGAGUAAUAUUUAUUAUAACAAAUUUCAUGUGUCUUCAAUACAACAAUUAGAUCAAAAAUGGCGUAAAAAAAAUAGAUUUACACAAAAUCCUAAUGCUUUUGGACCUCUUACAAAUCUUCCGGAUUACUCAUUCGCAGAUGGAAGACCUGUUCCGUUUGGAGUCAGACAAAUGACACGAAUUAAUAAGCAGAGACAAUAUUUUACAAAAAUAAAACAAUUAGCCAGUGAAGUUGAUUAUGCAGUUGAAAGAUACAACCGAAUCCAAAAUGAACUAACGGAGAAAAAGAAAAGUAUAAUCGAUAGUAAAUUAAAACCAAAGGGACAAAAAUAUUUAGCAGCUGCAAAAUAA